AUUGGCGAGGGAGGGAGAGAGAAAGACCGCCAGCUGUAUGUGCUCGAGCGCCGUGUCAACGCCGAGGACCAUGGAGUUGAAUACAACUCACCUACACGCCGGUUACUGGUUACAGGUGCCCGCUGCUUCACCAUUUUACCAGCGAAACAGUAUGACAAGGGCGCGCCGAGACCUGGCAGGAAUUACCGGAAUGUCUGAGGGACAUUGUUUAGUCAUGUGCCUAAACCACGGUAUUGUCUAUUAGCGGAGACCGGAGUGGUUUCGAGAGGAGGAGGGGUAAGGGCAGACAGGUAGGAGUCUAUUGCUUCAGUAGUUGUUUCGUUUUCACUUCUUGUUACCUGGUAAAUAACCAACCACCAUGGAUAACCACAAGGAGAGUAAGAUGAGGAAACAGUCCAUGAAAACCAAAUCUACAAAACGCAAAGAGAAGAAAUACAAAGCCGGGAAGCUUUUCAGGAGGAAAUCGUUGAAGUCCGUUGGGAAUUUUAUGAGCAGGAUACUGAAAACUUUGGGAACUUUGGCACACUUUGGCGACGUCGAGCCACCUGACGGUGAGGAUGAUGAUGGCGGGUUCAGAGACAGCGCCGCGUGCACGUUGAGUGCCAACUCAGGGAACUUUAAUAAAGAUGAACUUCAGGUCUCGAGGGAGAUUAAGGUGAAGAAGAGCGCCUCAACUUUGUCUUCUCAUGGAUCUAUAAAAGACAGGCUGUCGUGGUGCUAUGGCGACAAAACUCCAGGAGUCCUUGGGUUGAAGAAUCAUGGAAACACUUGUUUCAUGAAUGCGGUGGUUCAGUGCCUCAGUAAUACGGACCUGCUGGCCGAGUACCUUGGUUUGGAACAAUACAAGUCUGAUUUGUGUCAGGGGAGAGUAAACGGAAUUGUAAAAAACGAGGACGCGCAACUUGCCAGGGGUGAGGUGACCACACAGUUGGCAUCCUUGGUGCGGGCGCUUUGGACCCUUGAAUAUACCCCUCAACUGUCCGUGGAAUUCAAGAGUAUUGUGUCCAAGUACGGCUCUCAGUUCAGAGGGAACUCUCAGCACGAUGCCCUGGAGUUCUUGCUCUGGCUCUUGGACCGGGUCCAUGAGGAUGCCAACCCCACCAUCAACAACAACCACAGCAGCAGCAAGACCAAAGCCAACGGAAAGGGCCCGCUGGGUGGAGCGGAGGAGAGCCCUGUCUCCGGCCCAGCAGCAGCACACCAGCCUGGGACGCGGCACAGCUUCGUCCAGGACCACUUUCAGGCACAGUACAGGUCCUCCCUGACAUGUCCACAUUGCCUUAAACAGAGCAACACCUUUGACCCCUUCCUCUGCAUCUCACUGCCCAUUCCCCUACGGCAAACCAGGUGUAUGAAUGUGACCCUGGUGUUCAGUACUAAGGGUCAGAGGUAUCUACGUAUUGGUCUGGCUGUGCCUCUCAUCGGCUCCAUCUCCUGCCUGCGUGCCAUGGUUGCUGAGGAGGGCAAGACCACGCCAGACCAGGUGGUCCUGUCAGAGCUCUACGCCACCGGCUUCCAGCGUUCGUUCUCUGACGACGACGAUCUGACCAGCAUUGCCGAGAGCGAUGUGGUCUAUGCCUUCCAGGCUCCGCCCCUCCACACACGGGGAGGCUCCACGCGAAUCUCAGGCUACCACCACAGCCUCCCAUCCUCGCCGUACACUUCAGGGCCAGAUGGUCAAAGGUUACCCCCAUCGACCACUCUGUCCUCAGAGUUUCUGAACCACGGUGGUUCCACCAAGGUCCUCCUCGUAAUCUGCAACACGGCAGGCUCUGGCCAGCAGGCUGUCAGGUUUGGCCCUCCCUUCCUCAUGAGAGAGGAGCGUACCCUGUCCUGGGACCAGCUCCAGCAGAGUAUCCUCAGCAAGCUCUAUUACCUGAUGCUGAACGGAUCACAGGCUCAGAAUGCAGGGUUGCUGUUCAAGGUCAGAGUGGUGGGAGGAUCUGCCUCCUACAGCUACCUGUCCCCACAAGAUGGACGCCCUCUCUUCCACCCUGCCGUGGACAGAGCCUUGAAGUUAUGUGGCCCGGGAGGACCUCCCCACGUGAAGCUGGUGAUUGAGUGGGAACACAAGAUCAAAGAAUGUCUGUUUGGUAACAUCCAGGAGGAGGUGGUGAAGGACUCAGAGAGUGUGAGAGUCCAGCAGCAGCAGCACCUGCAGCAGCACAGCUGUACCCUGGACGAGUGCUUUCAGCUCUACACCAAAGAGGAACAGCUGGCCCCAGACGACGCAUGGAAGUGUCCCCACUGUAAGCAGCUCCAGCAGGGCAUGGUGAAGAUGUCCCUGUGGACCCUCCCCGACAUCCUCAUCCUCCACCUCAAACGCUUCCGACAGGUGGGCGAGCGGCGCAACAAGCUGUCCACCCAGGUUCCGUUCCCCCUGGCCGGGUUGGACAUGGCCCCCCACGUGGUGAAGAGGUCCCAGAGCAUGAGGAACCUGGGGGACCUGGGACCCUGGCCCCCCACAUGGAAACAGCCUGAAGGCAGCAGUCAUCAUAUUAGCCACCCAGACAUGGCCCUGCCUCCUGACUUCCUCUAUGACCUCUAUGCAGUGUGUAACCACCAUGGUGGGAUGCACGGCGGACAUUACACAGCGUACUGCAGGAACUCAGUGGACGGCCAGUGGUACAGCUAUGACGACAGCAGUGUGGACCUGGUGCCUGAGGAGGAGGUGUGUACCAGGGGGGCCUACAUACUGUUCUACCAGAGACGUAACGUCAUCCCCCCCUGGUCCGCCAGCAGCUCAAUCAGAGGCUCCACCAGUUCCUCCAUGUCGGACCACUGGCUGGUCCGUCUGAAUGGGGACAGUAAGAGGGGUAGUCUGGUGUCCCGCUCCUCCACCACCUGCCCCUCCUCUGUCCCCGACUCCCCGGAGUGCCCCGUCUUCCUUGAUGACCCCCCAAGAGAGGAGGAAGGUGAGGGGCCUGGGAAACAUGAGGUGCAUGGUAAACCAAAGAAAGGUGGUUUUGAGACCAGACCGUUCGUACGGGGCAUCCAGGGUCGUAGCGUCAGCAUGAGGACCCCCACUAAGAACAAAGAGACAUUGAACAAGGUCCUCCCGCAACGCUGGUCGUUCGGCUCCAAGGACUGCCGAAAAAUUGCAGCCGAGGCCGCCCCUGCUCCCAUCCCCACCCCUGCCCCUGUGGAACUGGUGGAGUAUCUAGAGUCUGGAAGAAGACCUCGCUGCACCAAGGACUCUAUAGUCAAUUUAAUGACGGGCCCUGAGAGGCAGAAGGGUCCUGCCAUCAGCUCCCCCAAUGUGGGAAGCAGCCUGAACUGCAUGGGACAACCAGAGUCUCCACAGAUGCCAGAGGGCCAGAGAAGACCAGUCACAGACAAGACAGGGAGUCUGAGACGAAGUAGCAAAGGGUCCCAGCAGCAGCAGAGAGACCAGGGGGAUCAGAGAGACCAGAGGGACGAGGUUAGGAUGGGCAGUAGUAGUAGUACUAACACUCUGACCAGGAGGAGUACCAAGAAGAGUAAAGAGAAGGACCAGGGAAAGCCCCAAGAGGCCCCGUCUAGGAGGGGGUCUAGUGCAGGCAUCCAGUCCAGCUCCAGCACCCACAGCCUCAGGGACAGAGACUGGGAAGGCACCCUGAGGAGAGGGGCCAAGGGCCUCCAGGACCCACCACCAAGGGACUGUCUGGUACCACCCGAGGGAGAAAAGAGAAGGAAGGGUGAUAAGGUAGAGGAGGCCUCCAAGAGCCACGAGGGGCUGCUGUCUUUCUUCAAGAGCAACUUCAAGAAGAAGGACAAGGAGUCGUCAUCUUCUCGCAAGUCCGACUCUGGAAAAGUUGGCGACGUCGGCGGGUCCAGCACCUCCCGGCUGUCUCUGUCCAGUGGAGUCCCAGGCGGCGCCAUGAAGACAGGGGAGGCGAAAUCCAACGGAGCCCCCCGCAACGGGGGUGCCAAUCGUCUAGGAGACGAGCUACCCAACGGUAAAGCCAGACGCGCCGCUGCUGCCGAUAUCAAACGCUCUCAGAGCUCAUCCAACAUCCCCAGCAAGGAGGAGUCUAGCAUGCGAAGGACCGCCUCUUUACACCGCAAAGGGCUGUCCCAUGGCGUGGCUCCGCCCUCUCGCUGCCUCACAGCUGAGAAGCCCUCCUACGGUACCCUGCAGAGGACUCGCUAUAGUACCAACUCACUGGGACGCAAGAGGACGGUCCCCGAGUCCAGCUUUUAACUGACACACACACACCCUGACACACCAGGGUCGUUUUCACUAGGCACCAGACAGAAGAAAUGGACUGAAACAGGGAGGGAUUAGCUUAAUUUGUCGAGUAAGAAAUGCUAUGUUUUUGUUUUCCAUUGCAAAACGUUUUUUCUACAUUUUGCUACAGUGACUUUGUGCACUAAUCAAUCUGACCCUGAUCAAAGCAAUGGCGCUCCGCUGGAAGGAUACUCCUGUAGGUACACACAGAAGCACAGCUAUGUGAAUACCAUACGAGGUGGCUCCCUCCGGUGUUCUGGGGGGGUGUAGUGUCAGUUAAAGAGCCAGUCACAGGGCCAAGGAGAACAUUUAGGAAAGGUGACACAUGAAGUUCGCCUUCUAAAAUAAACAAAAUGUCAUAUCAGAAUGAAUAUUUUCUUAUUCCAGUUUUUAUUUUAUUUAUUUGUAAAAAAUAUUGUAACUUAACAAGUGCCUCAGUAACUGAUAUGCAGUUUUAAACCAAUGAGUUUGUGGACAACUGGUCAGCACCGGAAGCACAUGUUGUAUUCACACUCACAUACACACACACACACACACACACACACACACACACACACACACACACACACACACACACACACACACACAGGCAUGCACACGCGCACACACACACAUUAUCUACACUCGUGUCUUAAAAUCGUAGUAAAUGAAUGGCAUUCAUCUCUAUCUUCCUCGAUCGGUUUGUCCAAUGGUGGCACCUAAAGGAAUGUUAUGACAGUGUCAUGACAAUACGUUUUGUUCUUAUGUCUACACGCUCUAGAAGAUUUGGAAAAAACAUUGAUUCAUUGAAAGUAUACAUCAGAGCUUUAAUAGGUGAUUUCCUCCUAGAUUGAACUAUGAAUGAUUUAACUGGUUGUACGUGCUGCUUGCACUGCAAACUGGCUGCUAUAUAGAUUCACACAUUGCAAGUGAAGGUUAUGAUAUUGCACUUUCUACAAUGCCAAUGGUACCGAACUCUCCCUUUCAUGCAGUAAGAAAGAUUCCCUCCUAACAAUAUAACUUGGCCUACGCAACACGUCCCCCUUUAUUCUUAAGCUCGUGAAAAUAUGCAGUUCGACCACACGAUCCAUUAUUAUAAAUACAAGUACAUUUAUAUGGAAAUUUGACAUUUUUAGUACUGAAGCCUGGCUUUAUGAUUCUAAUGAAAUUACUGUGUUUGAAAUGAGUACAAAAUGACCUCAGAUUGAUCUAUUCUUGCUACCGGUAGGUAAUUGAACUUUCUGAUGCUGAUACACUGACAGUCUUGUAUGUAGGUCUAUGCGGUACUGUAUUAGAGAGGCAAGCGGUGUCGAUUGAUUGCAUUACUAUGCACUGUAACAGUAAGGUCACUGUAACAGUAAGGUCAUUUAUUUGAAUCAUCAGACUGUCCACGACAGUAGGCAGUAGAUGCACUGGUCAGAAUGUCACAUACAUGUUAUUUAUCAACCUUGAUGAGCUCUUUGGCCCCCCUUAUCCAGUCUUCCUUCUCAUCCUCUCUGCCUUCACUCCUCCACAUCGAUCUGUCUUAUCUUUUUUUUCUUCUUCAUUCUCUGUCAUCCAUCGUGUCUCUCAUCAAGUCUCUUUGGCCACUGACUAAAGGUCCCCUCUGCUCCAAUCUGCAGCUCUCGCCUGGCGUUAACGGCGUAGGCGUUCGAUUGAAACACCCUCGCUCUCACCGGGUUGAAAUUAACAGUGUAAUUGGGUCGAGUCUCUACGGUACAAUAUCCCUUCUUAAGAGUCGUUAAGGUACACCGUGGGAAGAGGCUGUAGCUACUGACAGUCAUGUCUGAGUCGCUGAGAAGCUUUUACAUUUUUUUAAGCUGUUAGUCAUCCAUUUUCCUUCCUGAAAGCUACAUUAUAUGUACAGCUACAGUAUAUGUACAGCUACAGUAUAUGUACAGCUAUAGUAUAUGUACAGCUACAGUAUAUGUACAGCUAUAGUAUAUGUACAGCUAUAGUAUAUGUACAGCUACAGUAUAUGUACAGCUACAGUAUAUGUACAGCUACAGUACAUGUACAGCUACAGUAUAUGUAGCUUUCAGUUGAUACUUUUAAUGGACCUAGCAGUGCCACACUUUAUCGUAGGGGGUGAGAAAAACACUUCAACACCCCACACCAGCUAGUCCUUGACACGAAUUAACUCGUCACACUUAGCGUCUGUCUGUGCCACUCAGGCUCAGUUCUAAGCAAUAAAGACUGAAUGAAUGUCUGGUCACGUCGUGUCCAUGUUUUGCACAUAGAAUAUACUGCUGAAGUGUAAGUUGAAGGAAGCAUUGUGGGCAGUAAUUCAACAGCUUGUCAUUGUCAUUUUUCCUAGGGAGUUUUUCCUAGCCACCGUGCUUCUUUCACAUGCUUUGCUUGCUGUUUGGGGUUUUAGGCUGGGUUUCUGUACAGCACUUUGAGAAUAUCAGCUGAUGUACGAAGGGCUAUAUAAAAAUAAAUUUGAUUUGAUUUGAAAUUUGAUUGGUACACCAAACAUAGAUAACAAUAAGGUACCAAAUCCAGUUUUCAGCUAAUGUCUUUAACAAAUUAUGCCUUUUGUUAGUAUAGCCAGUGUUCACUCACAAUAAUUAGUGGGCCAAGCCAAAGCAUUGGUAUUAUCCUGGAGCAGUUUCUUUCAGUAUCAGACUCACCAGUCACUAUUGACUCUGUUGGGAAGGUGGAGGAUCACAUUAGUUUCAUGUUAAAGAAAUAGUUCACAAAUAAAUAAGACUAUUACAAUCCUGAAUUGUGAAGUUUGUCAUUUGUCUUUGCAGCUUGAAUUCCUGGGGGACAGAGGGGUGUUGAGUUUGAACCGUCUUAAAACUUCACUGUUGCCCGUAGGUCUUUUCUGUGACAGAGCUAUGCUUGGUGAUAGAUAGCAUGUCUUAUCUACAGACAACAUGGUCUCAUUGAAAUAUGUCAAAAUAGUGCCAUAUUAAGCAUUGUAGUUAUACUGUACGUCACAGAAACGAACAUAUUACGUCUGCUGUGGGAAUAAGAGCGUUUGGAUGGGACACAAAGUCUGUAUUGUUCAUUGACAUUUUGUUUAUUUCUUUUGUUCUAGAUGAGGACACUUUGUACCUACCACAAAGUUUACUUGUACCAAAACGAGCACUUGUAUUUAAAAUGAAGACUAUAAAUGAAGGAUGUUUUUUUCCAAUUAUUUUGUAAAGUGUUGGAUAAAGAGGAUUUAUAUGCAACUUUUCUACAUUUUAUAAGGGUUUUGUAAAUAUAUGAAUACACAUAGCUCUAUAUAAUGUAUGUAUAAAGGGAGACAUGAUGUAGUAUAGCCUUGUAUAAAUCACGGGGCUAUGAGGUUAAGGCUGAUGCACAAGUAUAGGCUACAACUGUGGUGUGUACUGUUCUUCUAUGCACAAGAGUAUGACAAGGUAUAUGCUAUUACUGUAAAACUAUUACUGUAAAACGACCACAAGGGUUUGUAUCUGCCUAAUAUUGUUUAUUUCCGCAAAUAAAACACAUUGUUUAUCACA